AUGAUCUCAGUGAUGAUUCUAAUUGGCAGCAUACCACUUCUGCAGUCUCUUCUGUUCGGAAGAACAUUCUUACCAAUUAUAUUCAACCUACUUGCUGUUGCUUUGUAUUGUACUGCAUUGUUCUUCGAGAAAAUUCAUCAGAGCGUUUUGGCUGUUCACAUACUUAUUGGAAUAGUCGUCCUACUGCUCUCCGUAACCUAUUGUUGUAUUAACAGUGAGCUGAAUCCCCUACUUCUUUUCAUAACUUUGAAUGCCACGUUGGCGUUAUCUGUCUGUACCAUAUUUGUAGCGGUUAUUCUUAAAGGAUUGAGUGUCAGAGGGUUGAUUGCAUUCACUCUGCUGGCCGUUUUCUUUGAGUUCAUAGGAAUUCUUUUCCUUUCGCUUCAUCGUUUGGCUAAUCCAUACUAU